AUGAACUGUCACCAAGUACUAAGUGGUGCCUGUAAUUCAGGAGAUCAAUGUUUUGCUGUGGGUUCUGUUGAGGGAGUACCAUUUACAGCAUAUGCAGCAGGAUGCAACAUAGUAAUACUUGCAUCAAACUUUGAAAGGGUCCAGAUAAUACCAGGAGCUAUUCAUGGCUAUGUUCGCAUCAGUUCUUUAGACUGUAGUACAGAUACAGGAAAGAUUGCUGCUGCAUAUGGAGCAGAAGUCUGCAUUUUUGAACCAACACCACUCAUACAUACUGCUGCAACAACUCAUGGUUUGGAGUAUCGAUGGGUGCAAACGGGCAAACUGGUGGCGGAUGGUCCAAUCACCGCGCUAUCUUGGAACCUCGAAGGCACACGCUUGCUCACCGGCAGCAAGAUACUACAGCUAUGGCAUCAGGCGUCUUUGUACCAGGAUGACAGUCAACCAAGUUCCGGUGUCACAUUCCAAAUUGGCGGAGAUAGAGACGAAAAACCAAACAAGCAGCCGGACGACGACGAACCUGGCUGGAUUUGUGUGUGGCAAUGUCAUACGGCAACACCAGCGUACCACCUCGCCUUCUCGCCUGACGGUGUGCUCUUCGCCACGUCCGGCAUGAACGAUAGGCUUGUUAAGAUCUGGUUCCAGAACAAAGUGUUGGCGCAGGCUCACGGCGAGCACUCAUCGCCCGAAUUAAAUUAUACGUUCGUCUACGUCGCUCACCCGCGUGCGGUUACGCACUUGUCGUGGCGAAAAACCAGCAAGUACAUGCCCAAGGGCAGCGUGGGCAACGUGCUGGUGACGUCGUGCGUGGACAACAUCUGCCGCGUGUGGGCGGAGACGCUGCUGCCGGAGGACGAGUGGGGCGGCGACGCGCACGCGCACUCGCGCUCGCCGCCGCGCCGCCAGCGCGCCACGCACCGCCACAAGCACCGCUUCAUGCAGCGCCUCAAGCACAUGAAGACCUGUUUUCACAUACGACGGAACGCGCAAUCGUCCAAGCAGCCCGGCGCACCAAUUCCCACAUUGCCAUCCACAUACAGUGCACAUGACUUUCAUAACCCUUACCACGCAAGUUCCUACACUGGAGGUCUUCACUUUCACUUGGCGGCGUCCAUAAAUGCCGAGACGGAUAUCCCACUGGUGCCUUCUCUAGCGAGCGGUGGUCGUUUCAUACUACAUUGGUUACACAACAAAGAGAUGCAUUUCACCAGCCAGGCGGAAGCCAUACUGCACGACCUUACUAAAAAGGUCUUAGAUAAGGAAGAUAAUGAGGAUGCAGUUUCUGGUUUGGAUCACACCACACAUCCGGACGGAGAAAAUGAAUCAAGAUCUAGGCGACCAAGCCAUCAUUUGACUAAAGUACAAUCGGAAGACAAUAGCAAUAGUGAUGAACAACCAGGCAGCGGCAACCACAGCCACCCGAGCCUGUCCAACACGACGUCGAUCAACUCGAUCGCGACGGACGUCACGUGCACGCACCUGCCGGACUCGCUCGACGCGAAGAUCGAGGCGCUGCUGCGCGACUGGCACCAGAGCCCCGAUCUGCUCUUCUCCAUACACCCCGUCGAUGGCAGCUUUCUCAUAUGGGUGUGCGAGUGGCUGGACGAGGUGCAGGCGGGCGCGAUUCGGCAGGCGCAGGUGUCAUUCUCGGCGCGCAUCCCGAGUGCGUUUCCGCUGGGCGACGCCACCACCAUGUGCACGCCGGCCGCGCUGUACCACGCCGCCGCGCAGCCGCUGCACGUGCGCCACCGCACCAAGCCCGUCGCGCCCGGCCAACAACAACAGGAAACUGUAACAACGCCGCUAGCAAGUGUACAAGAGGAAAAAGAUGAAAAUGAGUGGACACAAGGCGACGAGCAAAGAGAAUCACAAGAAAAUGGACAUCGAGAAGAGAAUAAUAAUGAACUGCAACGGCGGACUAGUGUUGCCACUGAAGAUUUGGGUGAAAAUCAAGAAGGUGCUGUGUUAGAAUCAGCACCAGUUAUCUCAAUGGUAACCAAUCACACAAAUGGAACGCUCAACCUUUGGCAGCUGACGUUCGACGACAAAUCAAAAUUCUCACAGGUGCUAUCAAUAGGUCAUGCUUCAAGAGCCUCCGGACAUAGAUUUAGGGUCAAUGACAUCACAUGCCAUCCAGUAUUACCUUUAUUGCUGACAACAAGUCAUCAUAAUAUAUCUGACAACGAGCGCGGGCAGCAGAAGGCGGACGACGCAGCGGCGGCGGGCGGACUGUGCUCGGAGCUGAUCAUGUGGCGCGUGGAGUGCGUGGGCCCGCUGGGCAAGUCCGGCGGCGUGUCGGAGCUGGCGCGCGUCAACUCGCCGCACCUGUCCGCCUUCAGCAACGUCGCCUGGCUGCCCACGCUGCUGCCCAGCUCUACAUUAGGAAAUUUAUCAAAUUCACCAUCCGCCUGCUUUGUGGCGAGCGAUGGCGAGAGCUUGAGACUCUUUCAAGCCGUCAUAGAUGCUCGUACACUGUUAGCAGAAAUAGCAACGUCGGAGCGACGUCAUAAGGACACUAUGGUGGACACGAUGUCGCUGUCGUCGGAGUCGAGCGUGGAGGAGGGCGGCGUGCCGCUGCACGACCGCAUCAAGAUCGUGUCGCAGCAGUCCACGGCGCGGCCCGGCGCCGUCAUCCAGCUGCACGCCAUCGCCGACGCCGCGCACGACUGGCACAACACGCAGCUGCUGCACGUCUUCCAGGAGCAGCUCAUUACCGGUGAAAGGACAACCACUGAUACGGAAAGCGGCGAUUCAGGCGUCGAGGGAUCCGAAGUGAACACGAUCACUGAAGCUGGAUAUGAGGCUAUAGUCGACUUACGAAAGGCUGCCGUGUUCAAUGAACCAUUCUACAUAGUCGUGUUGGAACGUACCGAUGGAGGAUCUACGGUGCAUAUGUGGAGGUUGAAUGUAUCUUCCCAGGCUGACCCCUCAGAUGAUAUGGCGAACACCAUGAUGUACGUACCUGAUAGUGCGUUAGUCCAGGAAGAAGAAGGUGGUGAAUCUCGUAAAAACUCUGUGUGUGUUGACGGCGACCGAGCAAUUCCUCAAACACCCAUACAUUCUCAUCUGUCAAUUUCAACUAAAAAGGUGUGCGAGUGCCCGCUGUCGCUGCCGGACGGUGUGGACGUGAUCCACGCCACGCCGGCGGCCGGCCACCUCAGCUCGGCCUCCAUCUACCCGGCCUGCCUGGCGCCCUACAUACUGGCCACCGCCUGCUCCGACAGCACCCUCAGGUUUUGGAGAUGCAAUGUAACAAAGAGUGAAAAUGGUGAAAUGGAAUAUACUUGGAAAGAGUGGGAAAUGAUGAAUAAAGAUCAAGAAUCUACUAUAGACAUUCCAGGACAGCCUUUGCACAUAAGCGCGGCGUACUCGGGUCGCAUCGCGUGUGCGUACAAAUGCGGGCGCUCGUUCACGCGGCCGAAGGGCGGCAGCGGAGGCAACGGAGGCAGCGGUGGCAGCGGCGGUGGCAACGGAAACAGUGGCGCGAGCGACGCGCGCUUCGUGAACCUGUGCGUGUGCGUGUACGAGUGCGAGAGCACGGGCGGCGCCGAGUGGCUGCUGGAGGACACCAUCCCGCUGCGCAACGUCAGCCUGCCGCGCGUCGGCCUCGGCGCCGACACGCAGAUCGACCUCUCCUACCUGCACGACACCUCCUUCAUGCAGAAGAAGCAGCGGCUCACGCAGGUUCUGCAAACAUUAUCAUCAGACGACAGCCGAAACAACCGCAACGGUGAAGGCGACACUGGUAAAUCGGCAGGACUUCUUGCAGUGCCAUCAUUCAGUACUUUACAAUCCCUUCGUAGAAGUAUUAUGGAGAACGGCAACACUUGUCCCUUAACGCAGAAGCAUUUGGUGCAGUUAGAUUGGGUUUCAAAAGAAGAUGGCUCGCAUAUAUUGACUGUAGCUGUAGGCUCUAGACUAUUACUUUUUACUCCAGUUUCGAGUGACCUCGCCCAGGCGAAUUUGAAGGCAAUGAAAGAAUCAAUAAAUAACAACCGUCCAAUACUACGUAAGGCCUCAUCUCUCGCGGCGCCGUUAUUUGUAGAAGAAAUAAGAUGGAUGCAACUAAGACGAAUUGACUUAAAAACUGCUGAUGGCUUACCACCGCUUCCAAUGCAGAUUUCUUGGGUUCGUGACGGUAUAUUAGUGGUAGGGAUGGACUCAGAAAUGCAUGUAUACUCACAGUGGAAACCAGAGCACCCUCAAGUACCUUCGGGACAGGCUCAGGAAAUUGAGGAAUGCAGUGAAAAUCGCGCUCUCCGCGAUUCAGACUUGCGUGUGUCCGUACCACAUCUGCAACGAGUUUCCUCAAUAAACUUACAACUAUUGGAACGAGACGCUAGACGCCGAAAUAAAACUCAAUCAGAUCAACCUCAGCCUUUAUUAAAUUACAUGCCUGACUAUGGAUUAUUCGAGGCAUCCCAAAUGGCUUGUCCAGUUCUACCACAAUAUCAUCCGAAACAACUAAUGGAGUUACUGAACAGCGGAAAGAUUCGAUGGGUGAAGGCGAUACUUGCUCAUUUGGUCAGGUGUAUCGGUGGCACAUACACAGGCCGUAGUUCUCAAGGCGAUGAAGACAGUCUCUCAAGACAGCGCGGCUGGUCGCGCUCGCGCACGAUGUCGGUGUCGUUCGCGGCCGGCGCCGCCUCGCCGCUCGACGGCGUCACACAGAUCACCGAAGACACACAAUUAGAUUACGCUGAGUUGACAUCAGUACCGCCGCUUCCGCUAUGGACCUUGUUGGUUGCCGACAAAGAGUCUCCGCAUCAUCCGUCCACUAUUCAAGAAGCUAAGGAUUACAAUGAACUAUUUGAUGGAACAAUAGAAACGGAAGACGAUUUGGAUGCACUUCUACUUAGCGACGAAGAUGGUAUCGAUCGACGUCCUUCAAUGCCGGAAAGACAGCCACUCUCGCAUUUUGGACCCAGACAAGGGCGUAUCCUGUCGCGGCUGCUGACGCACACGCACCUGCCGGGGCUGAGCUCGCUGGACCAGAUGCACCUGCUGGCGCUAGCCGACACCGUGUCCACGUGCGACGCGGACUUCACCGAGCGCUUCGCGGCCAACGCGCGCCUCGAGUCCGCGCACAACGCCCCACAGGACUUUAUGCCCGACUCUCUAGACGAUUGUGGUUUGCGCUUCCUGCUGGCAAUGAAGCACUAUGGCUACUUAUUGCGGUGUCUUCCACUGGCACAACGCGCAACGUUGCAACGAAACGGCGUCGGCACGUGCAACUUGGUAUGGGCAUACCAUUCAGAGACGCACGAACAGCUGCUUUCGCUAAUACCUGGCUACACAAAAGGACAGCCAAAGUGGUCUACAAUGAGGGAACUAGGCGUGGGUUGGUGGGUUCGCGGCGAUUUGCUGCGCACGUCCGUGGAGAAGAUGGCGCGCGCCUCGUACAUGGCGAAGCAGGAUCCAAUGGACGCCGCGCUCUUCUACCUCGCCAUGAAGAAGAGAAUGCUGCUAUGGGGACUCUUCCGCUCCAACCGUGACGACAAGAUGACGGCGUUUUUCGCCAACGAUUUCUCGGAAGAUCGGUGGCGUAAAGCAGCCUUAAAGAACGCAUUCGUAUUGCUUGGCAAACAGAGAUUCGAACACGCAGCUGCGUUUUUCCUAUUGGGAGGAGCUUUGAAGGACGCUUUAGAGGUGUUAAUUACACGCUUGGGGGAUUUGCAAUUGGCUAUGGUUAUUGCUCGACUCUACGAGUCGGACAGUACAUUGCCCCCUAGUUUGAAGAAGUUAUUAAUGGAUGAGGUUCUUGGUGGCGAAACAGAAGAUGGAGAAAUAGACCUCGAAAGAGCUCAUCCCGACCCAUUUAUACGUUCAAUGGCCCUUUGGGAACUGAAACGUUACGGCGAAGCUUUAGACACGCUGAUAUGUCCCGCGGGUCGACUACACUCGGCCAGGGACAACGAGCCAAUGCCCAGUGUGUUCAAUUUCUAUGUCUAUCUUCGCACACAUCCCCGGUUAAAACGAAACAACUUGCCUAGUCAGGGUGGGACACUAGCCCUCUUGCAGCAGGAAGUGGAAGAAGGCAUCACACGUCUCGAGCGUCGCCUGUACUUCCAAACUGCACAUGGCCACUUCAAGGCGGGCUGCCCGGCAUUGGCUUUAGAAGUUCUUUCAAAAUUACCUGCUCGUGUGAGAGAUCAGAAAUUAAAACACCCUAUCGCCGCGCCAUCUGUUGAGGAAACAUACAUACACACUGGACAGAUUGUGGAAAACUCAACUGCCAAAAAGGAAGAAGAAAAUGUCGAGUGGGGUUCGACGUCGUUAGACUGGGGUGCGCCGGUCAGUUCUACAAAAAACGACGAGCUCGUUCUCACAUGGGAUGAUGAAGACAAAGAAUCUGAAGAUUCCGGCACAUCUACUCCGCCUCUAGAAAUGAAAAUGGACAAACAAGAAGAAACGAUGGUUAAUGGACUGGAUUCAGACAAGAAAGAAGAACCACCUUCAGUUGAUAUUAUGGCGCAACAGCUUAAAUUCGUGGCUUGUCUCAAGAUUCUGAUGGAAGAACUUAGCACACUGGCUACAGGUUUCGAGGUUGAUGGCGGGCAUUUGCGCUACCAACUGUACAUCUGGCUGGAGCGCGAGGUGGAGGCGCUGCGGCGGCUGUGCGGGUACUCGGCGGCGGGCGGCGGCGGCGGGGGCGGCGGGCGCGCGGGCGGCAGCGGCGCGGGCGCGGCGGGCGGCGAGCUGCUGUGCGCGGACGCCGAGCCGCCGCCGCUGCCCGAGCGGCCCACGCUGCACCAGCUGCUGGUGCGCGAGAAGGCGGACUUCGAGGCCAAGGUGCAGCGCGCCGUGCGCCGCCGCCGCUGGCUCAAAGCGAACGAGACGCUGCUGCGCACGCUGCUGUCGUACUGCUCGCUGCACGGCGCGGGCGGCGGCGGGCUGGCGUCGGUGCGCAUGGAGCUGGUGCUGCUGCUGCAGGAGCUGGGCCAGGACAAGCAGCACCAGCAGCUGCUGUCGCCGCUGCCCUUCCCCACCACUCUGCCGCUGCUGGCCGCCGCCGUCGCCACCAACAACACCGUUGUCGCCGACCCCGUGCGCCACCUGCAGUCGGUCGCGCAUGAUAUGCUGGGCACGAUCGGAGAGUUGGGGAUUCCAGGCGGUGCCGCUACAAGAAUACUUCACACACUAAGAGAGCUCGCUGUUGCACUGUCUGCUUGUAUCUACCAGAGUCUCUGCGACUCUGACACGUUUAGCUUGAAACACGCGCAUCAGGAUUGUAUUAUAGCUGAAACACCAAGCACUACAAAUUUACUUGUACGACCAAGACGAUAUUCUGUUGAAGAGCUAUCGGUGACAACGCCACCGAAUAAGUGGCCUGGCGUGUCGGCGCUGCGCGGGCUGGCGCUGCGCGCGGCCGAGGAGGAGGACUCGCCGCGGCUGGCCGUGCUGCUGGCGGAGGCGCUGUGCGCCGUGUUCCUGGCGCUGCUGGGCUGGGCGCUGGCGGCGCGCGACGCGCACCUGCUGUACCGCCUCGCCGCGCACACGCUCGACGCGCGCGCGCACGCCAGGCUGUUCGGCGGCGGCGUGCGGCGCCUGCUCACCACCGCGCCGGCGCCACAGCAGCCGAAAUUAGUGGAACGUCCUGAAGGAACAUCGGUGUGGUCGUCCCUUCGAGAGAAGCGCGCACUUUUACACAUGCGUCUCCUCGGUAUGGGACCCACGGCGCCGCAUAAGAACAUACAAGAAGGGCGACCUACAUACAGGGAGCAGUUCGUGCCACCGCAGUGCAGUAUAUUGACUUUCUUGCUCACUAAGCCAACCACCGAGCAUGACCAUGACCCUGAGAACAACGACUAUGACUCUGCAGAGUCUGGUUGUGAUGAGGCCGAAGAGAGCAGUAGCGAGCCCGAAGAUGACGACAUCUUCGAUACCAACACCAAUAAACCCGAAAAACGACGUAAGGGUGCCAACACGGAGCACUCGGAUCCCGAUUCGUACUCGUGGUACGUGAUGCGAGUGGCCAUACUGAAAAUUGCGCAACACAAAUUGCAACAGUUCCUGCAGUUGUGUGGCAUCGAGAUGUCGGAGCUGGCGACCAGCAGCCCCAUGGUGCACGGCGCGCUGCGGCGCGUGGAGCAGUGGCAGCAGCAGCUGGCCGAGGCGCUGGAGGCGCGCGCGCCGCCGCCCGACUACAUCCCCGGCUGCUUCCCCGACCAGCACACGCCCGGCCCGCCCAUCAACAAGUACAGGUGUUUACUGGAAAAACACAACACUCCCUUCAGUUCCGCGCUGUACAGUGCGGCUCCCGCAAGGCGUCUUUGGAGUUAUUUAGUUCGGCAGGAACAAGUUCAGGAGGUAUUCAUUCGAGCGGUGUUCUCGCGGCGGCGCACCAUGUCCGCCGGGGGAGCGGGGGGAGCGGGCGGUGCGGGCGCGGGUGCGGGCGGGGGAGGUGCGGGCGGCGCGGGGGCGGGCGGUGCGGAGAGCGGGGGCGAGGCGCGCGCCGGUUGCAUCCCGCAGCAGCCGCCGCGCCACGACGACGACCUGCACAGCCCCGUGCGCAUCAUACACAAGGAGCAGGAUUCCAUCGCCGCCUUCUGCCUCAACAGACUGGGCGGCGGGCUGCUGUCGGUGGCGACGGCGCGCGAGGUGCAGGAGAUGGACGUGUCGCUGCUGCUGCGCGGCGGCGCCAGCUGGGCCGAGGACGAGUGCGAGGUGGACCUGCUGGCGCUCGCGUCCGAUCCCGCCGCGCUGCCCGACACCGGCUUCCUGCUCAUCCAGCACCACGACAGACCAAACAGCGGUUCUGUGCCAGGGACGGGUAACAGCUCGCCUUUGAACCCGAACGCACCGCAAGUACCAAUCGGCAUGGCGAGUCAAACGGGACGUGGCGCUAGUGUCGUGAAGGGCCUGCAGUUUCCGGGUUGCCACGACGCGAAAUAUUGUCGUCUGGUGCUGCAUCGCUCCAAACUCCUCAUGAAACCGGUUCUGAAACAUAAGAUCGACAACAUCAAACGAAUGGCUGCGCAUCCCACGCAACCGUUAUACCUAACGGGCGGCGCGGACGGGUCGGUGCAGCUGUGGGAGUGGGGGCACCCGUCGUGCGUGUGGUCGCCGCGCGCGCCCGGCGCCUUCGCCAAGGUGACGCGCGUGCGCUUCUCCGACUACGGCAACAAGUUCGCGGCGGCCGACGCCGACGGCAACCUGGCCAUGUGGCAGCUGCACCCGCCCGCGCCGCAACACGCCGCGCACGGACAGACCACGCCGCACGCCUCGCCGCGCCCCUUCUUUACUCAUCAGUGUCAUAGUAAAGGAAUAAGUGACUUCGUUUUCCUCGGUUCCUGUAGUUUAGUUGCCACAGCUGGUCAUAGUUCAGAGAGUAAAAAUGUUGCCAUAUGGGAUACGCUUAUGCCGAUCAAAAAGGCACUUGUAGUUUCGUGGACGUGCCACGAGGGCGGCGCGUCGUGCGUGGCGUGGGCGGGGUGCGCGGGCGCGCUGGUGUCGUGCGGGCGGCGCGGCGACGUGCUGGUGUGGGACCUGCGCGCGCGCGCGCCGCGCCACAAGCUGCACGCGCACCACGCGCCCAUCAAGUGCGUCGCGCUCUCGCCGCGCGAGGACUACUACGCGAUCGGCGCCGCCGACGGCGACAUCAAGGUGUUCUCCUUGGCCACUCAUCAGUUACUGUACACUUUCGCCGGGGAACACGCUCGGAGCUCGUUUUUCAAACACAUUGGACAAGGCGUUACGCAAAUUCACAUUGACAACGCGGGACGGUUGUUCUCGUGCGGCGCCGACGGCACCAUGAAGGUGCGCAAGCUGCCCGAGCGCGACUCGCCGCCAUUGCACCAGCCGCAGUACUAA